AAUGUACGACAACAUGUCCACCAUGGUGUACAUAAAGGAAGAGAAGCUGGAGAAGCUGACCCAGGACGAGAUCAUCUCGAAGACAAAGCAGGUCAUCCAGGGGCUGGAGGCCCUGAAGAACGAGCAUAACUCGAUCCUGCAGAGCCUGCUGGAGACGCUGAAGUGCUUGAAGCAGGACGAUGAGAGUAACCUGGUGGAGGAGAAGUCCAACAUGAUCCGCAAGUCCCUGGAGAUGCUGGAGCUCGGCUUGAGCGAGGCACAGGUGAUGAUGGCGCUGUCCAACCACCUGAACGCCGUGGAGUCGGAGAAGCAGAAGCUGCGUGCCCAGGUCCGCCGUCUGUGCCAGGAGAACCAGUGGCUGCGGGAUGAGCUGGCCAACACGCAGCAGAAGCUGCAGAAGAGCGAGCAGUCGGUGGCGCAGCUGGAGGAGGAGAAGAAGCACCUGGAGUUCAUGAACCAGCUGAAACAGUACGACGACGACACUUCCCCGGCUGAGGACAGGGACACUGAUUCCACCAAAGAGCCUCUGGAUGACCUUUUCCCGAAUGACGAGGAUGACCCAGGCCAAGGCAUCCAGCAGCAGCACAGCAGUGCGGCCGCCGCAGCCCAGCAGGGUGGCUACGAGAUCCCCGCCCGCCUGCGCACCCUGCACAACCUGGUCAUCCAGUACGCCUCGCAGGGCCGCUACGAGGUCGCUGUGCCCCUGUGCAAGCAGGCCCUGGAGGACCUGGAGAAGACCUCGGGGCAUGACCACCCGGACGUGGCCACCAUGCUGAACAUCCUGGCUCUGGUGUACAGGGACCAGAAUAAAUAUAAAGAUGCGGCCAACCUGCUGAAUGACGCCCUCGCGAUCCGAGAGAAGACACUGGGCAGAGACCACCCUGCGGUGGCGGCCACGCUGAACAACCUGGCGGUGCUCUACGGCAAGAGAGGGAAGUACAAGGAAGCCGAGCCGCUGUGCAAACGGGCCCUGGAGAUCCGAGAAAAGGUCCUGGGCAAGGACCACCCCGACGUGGCCAAGCAGCUGAACAACCUGGCCCUGCUGUGUCAGAACCAGGGCAAGUACGAGGAGGUGGAAUACUACUACCAGCGGGCCCUGGACAUCUACCAAACCAAGCUGGGGCCCGACGACCCCAAUGUGGCCAAGACCAAAAACAACCUGGCUUCCUGCUACCUGAAGCAAGGCAAGUUCAAACAAGCGGAGACGCUGUACAAGGAGAUCCUCACUCGUGCACACGAGCGGGAGUUUGGGUCUGUGGACGAUGAGAACAAGCCCAUCUGGAUGCACGCGGAGGAGCGGGAGGAGUGCAAAGGAAAGCAGAAGGAGGGGGCGUCUUUCGGCGAGUACGGUGGCUGGUACAAAGCCUGCAAAGUCGACAGCCCCACCGUCACCACGACGCUGAAGAACCUGGGCGCGCUCUACAGACGCCAGGGCAAGUUUGAGGCGGCCGAGACACUGGAGGAAGCCGCGAUGCGCUCGCGCAAACAGGGUCUCGACACUGCGCACAAGCAGCGCGUGGCCGAGGUGCUCAGUGACCCUGAGAGCGCGGAGAAGCGGCGCAGCCGGGAGAGCCUCCACACGGACGUGGUCAAGUACGAGAGCGGCCCUGACGGCGGCGAGGAAGUGAGUAUGAGCGUAGAGUGGAACGGGGACGGCUCGGGAGCCUUAAAGCGGAGUGGCUCCUUUAGCAAACUCCGGGCUUCCAUUAGGCGCAGCAGCGAGAAGCUGGUCAGGAAGCUGAAGGGAGGAGGCUCACGGGAGAGUGAGCCCAAGAACCCCGGCCUGAAGCGAGCCAGCUCUCUGAAUGUUCUUAACGUGGGCAAGGCAGCUGAAGACCACCUGCAAGAACGAGAUAAUUGUCUGGCAGACUCACGAGUGCUGAGUGCCAGCCACACUGACCUGGCCCACUGAGGGUCCAGCCAGAUAGAUAGCCCCUGGCUACAGGAGUGCCGAGACCCCCGCCCGCCCCGCUCCCCACCACGGAGGCGCCUCCUUUCCCAGACAGUGGCAGCCACUGCCGUGGACACUGGCGUCUGCUAGCCCCGCUCUCGGCACUGCUCUGCAACUCCAACCAGCCCAGCUUCACGCGCAACGUGUGUCAGGCUGUAAACUGAGCGUCUGGAUGCUUUUACAAUGACACAGAUGUAAAGACGCGUGGCAGUGACACACACACACACACACACACACACACACACACACACACACGGCACUUCCCUGGGCUCGGCCCCGCCCACACCGCUCCAGCCCUGCGUUGGGUUGGCGUCUGUGUGCUGGGCAGUUAGGACUGGGAGUCAGGCCCAAGUAGACGAAAGUGUAACUCGGGCUGCGCUGUGUGUGGACACCCGGCAGCCGGGCAUGGUGGGGGCUGCUGCGACACUUAGCCCUGAGCUGCGCCAGGAACCUGCUCUGUAAACGGUCCUCUGGAGACAGCUGCCCCCUUCAAGGUCUGUGAGGAAGUGUCCAGGUUGUGUGGUCUUGUAGCGGAAUGAGCCCGGGUAGCAGACUGACCAAGCCCCUCGUAGGGCAGUGGCUUCUGCGUUUUGGUCACCAAGACAGUGGGUGGAGGAGGAGGGUCAGCAGGGGUUGGCACGGGCUGGCCGCCCACACCUCCAUUGUUCUGGGGAUGAAAACCCAGUCUGUGGUCACACGUGAGUGCUGUAAGGAACUUGAUCCGUGGCUCGGCACCUGGUCCUGAUGGGUGUGCCCGUGUUGUGAAUGUGUGUUUGUAUUACAUUGCACGCAUACAGGGCACCAGGGUCAUCAACGUGAGCUGGGGGCCCGAAGGUGUCUGCCAAGCAGGACUUGUUCAAUGGGCCCUGGUGGCGGAGUUCUUUGUGUGUGCCCGGGGAUAGGCAGGCAGCUGAGCCGUGCCAGCCACCGGGCUGCAGGACUUCAUGGGGCCUCCUGACAGGAGGGGGCCUGUUUCCUAACAGAUGGUGUGACUCACUCAGAAAAGUACUUGCUUAUUUCUAUUUAAUUCCAAAAAUAAAAUGCAUGUUCCGGCUGA